CGUUACUUCGAAACACAGCUUUAGCCACGAGUCACUGCAGGUGGCUUUCUGCCCACACCUACAUUAUCUUGGUACUCUCUCGACUUGAAACAUCGAAACAAGAAUUUCCAUGCUUUGUUACAAUCUUCACUCCCAAAACCUCAAUUAAACUUUCCGAGUCCAAAGCUUGCUUGCUUGCAGUAGCACAAAAAUACCACAACCAUGAGCGGCGGCCCUCCGCCCCCGCCACCGCCGCCGCACGGUGAGAAUCCCAAGACGACCCGGAGCGGCGGUCUGCCCCCGGGCAAGUACGAUGUAUUCAUAAUACCGGAGCACUCGGCCGGGGCCGGUUUCCUGUACCUCCCAUCGCUGAGGCCCAACACCAACAGCUUCGUGGCUGGCUUCGCCACCGCCAUAGUCCUCGUCGUCGUGGUGCAGAGCAUGGCCCCAGCCUUCAAGCUGUGGUGGUCAAACUUCCAGGGCAUGGGUUCCAUGGGCAUGACGAUGCUGACCGUAGCUGUUGGUCUCGGCGCCUGGUCAUUGGGUAGAACACAGCAGGGUGACGGUGGUUUCCGAAGUAGUGGCGGUCAGGGCCAUUCGAGGCAUAACUCCCAUAACAGCGGGUCCGGAGCUGGCGGGUUCGGGAAUGGAAGCGCCAACGGUGGCUUCGGGGACUCCGGACCCCCUCCGCCUCCGCCUCGACACGAGACUCCGCCGAAUCAGAACGGCGGACCACACCCUCCGCCGCCUGGGUCGGACAAACCGAAGCAGUCGUGGCAGCAACGUUCGCCAGAGCCCGAACCGCACCACCACCACCAUCACCACCAACAGCAGCAGCAGCAGCAGGAGCAACCGCCGCCCCCUCCGCCGCCGCCGCCGCCACCUCCAAAAGAGGAACCCAAACCGGAACCCAAACCGGAACCUAAACCUGAACCUAAACCUGAACCUAAACCUGAACCCAAACCAGAGCCCAAGCCAGAAGCCAAACCACAACCCAAGCCAGAACCGAAACCUGAGCCGAAACCAGAGGCAAAGCCAGAGCCCAAGGCCGAGCCCAAGCCGGACUACAAGAGCGCCUGGGAGCGUGCAAGGGAGGAGACUCGCAAGAGGGAAGAGGAACGGAAGAAGAAAGAGGAGGAACAAAAGAAGCGGGAAGCUAUCGCCGCCAGGCUGAAGCAGCUGCGCGAGAAGGAGGCCCGCGAGCGAGCCGAGCGGGAGAGGGAAAAGGCCGAGAAGGAGGCCAGGGAAAAGGCGGAGCGGGAAAAGAAGGAACGCGAGCUCAGAGAAGCUCUCGAAAAGAAAGAACAGGAGCUCCGGGAGCUGCGGGAGAAGGAGCAAAGGGAACGGGAGCUCCGGGAGCUCCGAGCCAAGGAGUUGGCCGAAAGGCUGGCCAAGGAGAGGCUCGAAAAGGAAAAGCUCGAAAAAGAAAAGGCGGAAAGGGACAGGCUAGAAAAAGAGAGGUUAGAGAAGGAGAGGCUAGAGAAGGAGAGGUUAGAGAAAGAGCGGGUAGAGAAAGAGAGGUUAGAAAAAGAACGGUUGGAAAAGGAAAGGUUAGAGAAGGAAAAGGAGGCACAAGAACCUCGCAAGGGGGGUUCUUACGCAUUCUCCGGCAGCGGCGAGAAGAUCAACCCUUGGCCCAACGGCAAACCGACUCCCGCUCCUCAGCCCGCAUCCCCGAAACCGCCCGCCGCGCCGCGAUCAACCGCCUCAGUCCCGUCACCGAAACCCGCUCCGCCACGAUCAGCCACCUCAGUCCCGUCACCGAAGCCCGCCCCGCCACGAUCAACCGCUUCAACCUCGACACCACCUCCGGCCACGCCGAACUCAAAACCCCCACACCCAAGCGCCAGGACCUACCAGGACGACGAGGAGACGACGUACUCGUACCGGCCAUACGACAAGCCCAAGCGGUCGCACCACCGCAAGUCCAACUCGGAGUACUCGGAGUCGUCGUACGCGCCGUCGCAGAGCACGGCUCGUACGACGCCGCCGCCCUCUAUGCGCAUGCCGUACAGCACAAAGGACCCGGACAAGAUUGUGAUCCGGGCCGUGUACGGCUUCCUGAACCAGUUCGCCAAGACGCCCAGCAGCCAGCUCAUCUCGGGCCAGGCGCCCGUGACGGACGGCCUGAUCCUCCGCGUGACCACCGAGGGCCUCUUCAUCGACGACGACGUCCGCGGCGUGCCCCAGCGCGAGUGGGACGUCAAGGCCUGGACCCUCAAGCAGGUCGAGGUCUGGUGCCCCGCCCACGUCGCCGCCCUGGCCGCCCGCGACGACGACGCGCCCCACAUCAAGAAGAACCAGCAGGCCGCCGGCAGCUCGUUCCUGCGCGGAGUCAUGGGCGGCGCGGGAGCGCGGAGGGGAGAGGUCCGCGGCGCGCCAAAGAUGCUGCUGGGAGAGGAGGCCGAUGCCCACCUCGCCGACGAGCUGCGCGAGUGCAGGGACAAGUGCGGCCGCGGCCUGGCGCCCAACCUGGGCGGCAGCGCCAUGUCGCAGGCGACCAAGGGUCUGCACCUGCUCCGCGCCACCAUCAGGGAUCAGGAGGGCAAGCGGUACCUGUUUGUGGUCGGGGAGGAGGAAGGGUGGAAGGUCGCCGUCGGCCUUCAGAAGCUGCGCAAGGGCUCGCAGGCCAGGGGUCUGGGCGUCUCGGGCAUGAGCAGCCUCGAGUCGAGGAACACGCUGGAGAUGCUGGGCUGGUUGGCUUGAAGUUCGGUUUGGCGUGUUUCCACGGUCUCUUUUUCUGUGUGGACGACAUUUUCUUUAGUCGUCCGGACUCUUGUUUCCACUCGAUUCUCAAGAGGAAAUGGGAUAUGUCCCUGGUGCGAUUAAAAUGCAGCAUGGCGUGGCGGAGUUAAGACGCUUUUUUUUUCUCUCUUUCUUUGGCGUCUCCUCAUCAAUCAUUGUCGGCGUUUUUUCUUUCGGUUUUCAUUAAUUUAACGAUGGAGAGCGAGCACAUAGGUGUCAUGGGUAAAUAACUACAUGAAAACUUUGUUGUUGGUGUUGCUAUAUUAUGGUUUUGGAGUGCUCGUAGAUCAUCCAGCCUUGGCCAGUAAUUGGACGUUUGUCUCCACCUCAUACCUACUUGGGGG